AUGUCAAAAGAGACUAUGGCAUUUACUUUCCCCAAUAGUAACACAUCAACUCAAUUCAAAAUACCUCAACCUCCAAUAACUCCAACAACUAACACUACCAAUAACACCAACAAUUUCACCUCCCCUCUAUCACAGCAACAACAACAACAAACCCCAUCAACUAACACCACUCCAAUAAGAAAAAGACAACCAAAACAUAAAUCAUUCAACAACUCCAUAUCAUCAAUCACGUCAUCCACGUCAGAUUUAACCAUUUAUGAAUCUUCAAUACUAUCGUCAAAACAACUAUCUACAGAUACUUUGAUUGAUGAAAAACAAUUACCUCCACUCCCUCCACCUCCUACAUCAUCAGCACUGAAACAUAGAUACAAUCAAUCAUUAGAUUCAAAUAGAACUUUAGUCUCCCUAGAUGAGAAUGAAGAAGACAAGUUUAAAUUCACAAUUAAUAACAAUAUCGAUUGUAAUAAUAAUAGCAACACAUCAUCAUCACCCAUUGAUUCAUUCUUCCAAUUAUCAACUCCACCCCCUCCUAUAAAGGAUCCACAACCUGAUUUUUUCAAUCAACAACACUCCAGACCAAAACUUCCAACCAUGCAUUCUACUCCAUCCCUUAAAAAACAAGUCACAUUACCAUCAUUGUCCUUUGAUUUAUCCUUGAAAAAUAUCAAACAGGAACAACUGAAACGAUUGAAUUAUAUACCCCUGCAAAAUUUUCGACCUGACAUUGAAAAAUUAUCCGAUAGAAUACAAUAUGUAUGUCCAAUAGAAUUUCAAGGUUUGUGUACUGCUCAAGACAAUUUAGUCAUUGAUAUCCGUCCAUUUGUUGAAUAUUCAAAAUCUCAUGUUAAAUCAAGUUUAAACAUUUGUUUACCAUCAACUUUAUUAAAAAGAAGCAAUUUUUCAUUGAUUCGUUCAAUUAAUUCCUUACCUGAUUUUGAAAAGAAUCGAUUCACUGAAUUUUUAAAUAAUACCAAGGGGGAUUUAGUGGUUUAUGAUUCAACAGAAAACUCAUCUAAUUUAUAUCAUAUUUGUAAUAAAAUCAUUACUUGUGCAAAUUUCAUGACAUGUCCAGAAAAGAAGAUUUGUUUAUUGGAUACCAAUUUUCUGAGAUUUAAUGAGUUGUUUCCUAAUGCUAUGGAAACUGCUAGUCCCGAAGUUGAAGAUAAUAAUUUCCUUAGUCCCAUUAUAGUGCCUGAAAAAUUGAGAUCAAGUUCAGUUUCAGAUUUGUCCCCUUAUCAUAAGGCAACCCCAUUAUCAUCGAGUUCAUCGAGUUCAAUGUUGAGUGCAAAUACUCCUAUUUUAUCUGCCAAUUUCACUUUACCAAGUAAAUGUAAAAGUUUCAAGAUUAGACAUAAUGAAGAAUUACCAACUAUACCAUGUGGAAAUCCAUUCGAAGAAAAUACAGCAAAUUUGUUCAAAUUGAGUAAUAUUCCAUCAGAUUGUUCUAAACUCCCUGAAUGGAUCAAACAAACUAUUUUUGAUGAAUCUGGGAAUCCUGUAACAUUUAAAAUUAAUAAUCAAUUUUAUUCAUUGGAGAAAUUGGAACAAAAGAGAUUAAUUACAGCUUUGUCAUUGAAUACUGUUAAUGAUAUUUCCCCAAUGAAUGAAGUUGCACCUAAAAUUAGUUGUGGGAUUGAAUUUGGUAACAAGAAUCGAUAUAAAGAUAUUUUCUUGUAUGAUCAUUCACGAGUUGAAUUGGGUCAUGUUAAUAAUAAUCCUAAUGAUAUUCUGAAUUAUAUUAAUGCCAGUUUUAUUGAACCACCAGAAAAAUAUCAUCAUCCUGAAAGUAAAUAUAUUGCUACCCAAGGACCAUUGGAUGAAACCAUGGGAGAUUUAUGGAAAUUGGUUCUUAUUCGUAAUAUUCCAUUGGUUAUAUCAUUGACUGAUUCUAUUGAAAAUGGUAUUAUGAAGUGUGCCCCAUUCUGGCAAAGUGGUAUUUAUAAAUCCUAUGAAGAUACCAUUAGAGUCACAGUUGUGAAUAAUGAAGAAAUUGAUGAGAAUUUAAUUGUUCGAACAUUCAAGAUUAAAUGUAAUGAUGAACCAAGUAGAGAAGUUAAACAAAUUCAAUUAUUAUCAUGGCCAGACAUGGGUACUACAUCUGAUCCUAGAGAUAUAUUAAAAGUUGUUGGAUUGAAACAGAAAAUAUUGGCUGAAUCAUCAAUCAAAGAUAAAACUACAUUGGUGCAUUGUUCUGCUGGAUGUGGUAGAACUGGUACUUUAUGUGUUAUUGAUACUUUAAUUAACUAUUUAAAAGAUAAUGGUGACUUAAAUACAGAAGAAGAAGAUCCAGUAUUUGAGAUUACUAAUCAUUUUAGAAAAUUGAGAAUUUCAAUGGUUCAAACUUUGAAACAAUAUUACUUGAUUUAUGAAACUUUAAUAAGUUAUUUUGAUAACAAAAAUCAACAAUAA